ACGAGCGAAUUCUCGAGUUUCAGCAAACGCGUCGCAUCUCGAGUUAUCGUACACACCUAUAUGCAUCAAUGUUACACGAAUCAUCGAAAGCCUGCACGUGCAUGAGCUUUUCGGAGCAUGAGAGCGUAUGAUACUCCAAAAUUAGUCAGGCCCCGUUCUUUCAUUGAUUAUCCCCGGUGUGAAGAAAAAAUCAGCCGCCUUCGCGUGUCGGGAGUGAAUUAAAGUGGCAAAUUCGUGACUGAGUAAUAGCCACUCUAGCGCGUAUAGCUAUUAGACGCGCGUACAAGCGCCGGUAGAGAGGUUUCCCCUCUCGCCUCUAUACGAGUGCUAUUCGCACGUGGUCGCGGCUGAUGAUCUGUUUUGCUGAUAACUCGAUCCAGCGCACUCCAACUCGCUCGUGAAUCCUGUAAGCUUGUAUACGCGGAUCGCAGUCAAGCUGAGCUUCCAGAGUAAAUCCCGUAAUCUCCGCCGAAGCGGACAGCAUCGACAAGAUGACGAUGACAGAUGUCGAGUCGAGCCAAAAGGAUGUCCAUCAGACCAACGGCUCAGUCCGCGACCAGGAGAACCAGCCUCUGAGCGAGUCCGAGGAUGACACGCAAGUCGUCAACGGCGGCAAGAAGCCCACGGUUGUGAGGUCCAGGACACCCGAGCACAAGAACGGAAACGCGACUGUUCUCACGAUCGACGGCUCGAACAAAGCCGCCGAGGCUAAGGAUGAGGUGGGCAACGGUGAUAGCAGGACGAUGCAUGAGCCUCCGGACGGCGGUUGGAGGGCCUGGUCGAUCAUGGUGGGCAGUUUCCUCAUUAACGGCAUACUCUUCAGUGUCAUCAACACCUACUCGUUCAUCUACCUGGACCUGCAGAAAAGGCUGCAGGAAAAAGGCGAGACCGAAGUGUCGUCGAAAGCUGCUCUGGUGGGAUCCUUAACGAUCGGCACGACUUUCUUUUUGUCACCCAUCGCCGGUAUUCUCACGGACAAGAUCGGUAUUCAGCUGACGACGUUCCUGGGAGGUGCCUUGGCUGCAGCCGGUAUGGGUCUGUCGUCUCUACUGGUCGACCACGUGGAGUACCUCUGCCUGACUUACGGUGUGAUGUACGGAGUAGGCGCCAGUUUGGCGUAUACUCCUAGUUUAGUCAUCCUGGGACACUACUUCAAACGACACCUUGGCCUAGUUAACGGUAUCGUCACGACGGGUAGCUCGGUUUUCACGAUACUCUUGCCCUACGCCAUGGAGUUCAUGCUCAAGAAAUUCGGCCUCGAGGGCACUCUCAGGGCGCUCGCUGUACUUACGGGAGUCGUCAUGCUGUGCGGCACGCUGUUCAAGCCGAUACACUUACACUCGGCCGAUGAAGAGGAGGAACUGAAGCGAAAGAAGAAGUUCUCUACGAUGCUCAAGGAGACUGUGAACGUGUCAAUUUGGAAGAGAAAGAAGUACGUGGUUUGGGCCAGUGCUAUUCCCAUUGCACUUUUCGGAUACUUCGUACCUUACGUCCAUAUAGGAAAGUUUGUCGAAACGGCCUUCAUAGGUUCCGAUAUGAAAUUGCCCGUCAUGUGCAUCGGCAUAACUUCUGGUGUCGGGCGACUUGUCUUUGGAUACAUUGCCGAUCUGCCCAAAGUCAAUAGAAUACUUCUUCAGCAGAUAUCAUUCGUAAGUAUUGGUAUCCUGACGAUGCUACUUCCCUCAACCAAGCACUUCCCAGUACUACUGGGCAUCGCGCUCUGCAUGGGUCUCUUCGACGGCUGCUUCAUAUCACUCUUGGGCCCCAUUGCCUUCGAUAUUUGCGGUCACAAAGAUGCAGCGCAAGCAAUCGGAUUCUUGCUUGGAAUGUGCUCGAUACCCUUGACUGCGGGUCCACCUAUUGCCGGUCUUAUUUACGACCACACAGGAUCGUAUACCGUGCCGUUUAUACUAGCGGGUAUACCACCGAUAGUCGGUGCCCUGGCGAUGUUCUUCGUAUAUCGUGUGCACGACGAACCGGCGAUCGAGCAAUGUGAUGACGAACUGGGUGCGGCCAAAGAAUCCUUAACCGAUCCCAAGCGACAGAAUGGAAUCACCAGCAGCGCACUGGCUGCGUCGAUGUACUUGAACAGGGAUGAUAGUAAUCACAAUCGUCGCCUCUGGGAGACGAGCGACGAGUAUUCGCCCCUGCUAAAGUGCCGCAGGCCAACAACUACAACAACCUCAACGCCGCUGAAACGUCAAAAAUCGGACGAUCUGAUCAUGAUUCCGUGAAUUGAUCAGCUGUGUAUAAGAGAAAAAUGAUCUGCCGUACACGUUAUGUAAACUCGAAAAACGAUCCUUCUACUCUGAUGUCAAUGUGUGCAUACUACAAAAUAAGCAAAGAGUUCUUUUUUAUUAGUAUUUAUAGUUGCUUAUAAUGUUGUAAUGACACUACUGCAUCACUGGCAUUGCUAUCCAUGCCACAGUUUUGUUCGUUUUAUCGAGGAUAUGGAAGUUAAUUAUUUUUUAUAUUGUUCUCGACGCUGUUAUUUCGUAGAAAAAAACAAAUCAUCUACUUCUGUUGAAGAAUAAUGUUACGUUAUUCAGAUGAAUAGUUUUGAUGUGUCUUUAAAUUUGCUAUCAGCGCUUAGACUACCAUGUGCCUUUUUAUUUGCAAACAUUCUGUAUUUGUAUCGAUUUGAAAAAAUAUUUUACCAUCAAACGAUUAGUUGGUUGUCAAACUAAAGUGUCUAGUGCUUGCGCCAUGUGAUCCUGUAUAACGUUUACUUCCGUCAAUCGCGGAAUCAUUUCUCAUUUUCUUCAACAACUCAUGCUUUGUUUACUUUUUCGUAUUUCUUACAAAAGAUUUUCCGCCCAUCCACUAUAUAUAAUAAUCGAUCGGAGUAAAUGUAGCGUUCUUUAUUUUAUUUCUGCGCGUGGAAUAAGAUUUUUUUAGCGAGAUAAA